AUGAAUAUUAAAAUAUAUCAGGUGGAUGCCUUUACUGAUCAAUUAUUUGGAGGUAACCCAGCAGCGGUGUGCCCACUAGACAAAUGGUUAUCAGAUUCAUUGAUGCAACAAAUUGCUGUUGAAAACAAUCUUGCUGAAACGGCCUUUUAUGUGUCAAAUUCUAUCAAUGAUGGUUAUGAACUACGUUGGUUUACACCUGAAUACGAAAUGGAUCUUUGUGGUCAUGCAACAUUGGCGACUGCACAUAUCAUUUUCACUGAAAUGUCUCCAACAAAUGAAGAAAUCAAGUUUGAAACCAAGGAAGCGGGAGAACUUACAGUUACCCGCCACAAGGAGAAUUCUUUAUAUACUCUUAAUUUUCCAGCCCGUCCGACAACAAAGGCUGAUUUGCCUGAUGGUCUGUUGCAAGCGUUACGUAGUGUUAAAACUCCUAUCGGAGUUUAUAAAGCGAGAGACUAUAUGCUGGUUUAUGAAAACGAGUCUGAUGUCCAACAGUUGUCACCAGAUUAUACGGCUUUAGCUAAAAUUAAUGAUGUUUUUGGUGUGAUUGCUACUGCUCCUGGUGAUGAAGUCGAUUUUGUUUCGCGAUACUUUACUCCGGGUGCCAGCAUUCCUGAAGAUCCCGUUACUGGUUCAACACAUUGCAAUCUAAUCCCUUAUUGCAAUAUUAACAACCAGGAUCUUUUGGGAACCUUACCUUCUGGACUUAGCAAUACAAAUAUAAUACUCAAUACUCGCUUCCCUAAUGGAUCCUUUUUAAUCGAUACAUCACAAUUGAUUAUAGAUAGUGGAGCUGAAGAAAAGUGCGAUGCUCGAGCUCUCAGUUUACCCACUGGCUGGUAUAUAUCAACACAUGAAUUACAGAUGGGAGUACGCAAACAAGCUGAAAAUUCGAGCACCCAUCCUUUGGCGAUCGAAGGUAGCUGUUACUUUAUAGCAGAAAAGAUUGGUAUUCUCAGUCAAGACAUACAUGUACGUCGGUUUUCAAAGCUCAUUGAUAGUGGCCGAGCUUUAUUGAAUAUGUCAGUUCACUUUGGUUGCUCUCAGGCCCAUCAAAAUGAUGAAGCAAUCAUGUAUCUCGGUUAUUUAGAUGAACGUUAUCAACCCAUUCUUGUCGAACAACCAGUUAUACGAACAAAUAACAAGCCGUUUCAAUUUAAAUCACGUGUUGCAUCUAUUCCAAUCGGCACACGCACAAUCAAAGUAUAUAUUGGGGCAAGCAUUCCGAACUCGACAACAACCGACAUUCUUCAAUAUUGUGUAUUCGAUGCAGUUAAAUUAUUUAUUUUCGACAACAAUUCAAAUCCAUAG